AGAACAACCUUUACCCUUUUUAUAACCUAACCUUUGGUUAUUUUAUUUUACAUUGCUUACUUAUAAACUGACGGCUGCUGGCGGCGUGUACAGACCGUCUGCUCCCGUUUUCUGUACUGAUCACAGGGUCGUAAUAGCCAGGAAUAUGCAUAUAGCUGUGAUAGGAGCUGGAGUGAUAGGACUCUCCACAGCCCUAUGUAUUCAUGACCAAUACCAACAUUCAGUACAUCCUCUCAAGAUUGAGGUGUAUGCAGACAAGUUGACCCCACUCACCACAAGUGAUGGAGCAGCGGGCCUGUGGCAGCCAUAUCUAUAUGACAAUGGAAACAAGCAGGAAACUCAAUGGAGCAAGGAGACUUUUGACCAUCUUCUAAAAUCUGUACAGUCUGCGGAAGCCCAGGACAUGGGCAUAUUUCUACAGUCUGGAUACAAUUUGCUGAAAGAACCUGCACCUGAACCUUCAUGGAAAGAUGAUGUCCUUGGGUUUCGACGCCUUACACCAAGAGAGUUGGAAUUAUUUCCUGGAUAUAGCUUUGGGUGGUUCAACACUGCACUGAUGAUUGAGGGGAAGAGCUACUUACCAUGGCUCACCAAGAAACUGGAAGAGCGAGGAGUCAAGUUUAUCCAAAAGACAGUGAAAAGCUUUGGUGAGCUGGCUGCUCUAGGGGCAGAUGUCAUCAUUAACUGCACCGGCGUACGUUCAGGACAGCUGCAACCUGAUCCAGAAUUAAAACCAGGAAGAGGACAGAUCCUGAAGGUGGUUGCUCCCUGGAUGAAACAUUUUAUACUGACCCAUGAUUUGAGGACUGGAGUAUAUACCACACCUUAUAUAAUUCCAGGGUCUCAGAUGGUGACAUUAGGAGGCAUUUAUCAGUUGGGAAACUGGAGUGAAGAAGAAGUGUCCAGCGACCAUAACUGGAUUUGGGAAGAAUGCUGUAAACUGGUACCUAGCCUAAAGAAUGCGAAGAUUGUGCAUGACUGGGCAGGACUGAGACCAUCACGGAGCAAAGUAAGGUUGGAGAGAGAGCCUUUGGUGUGUGGAUCUCUGAAGAGUGAUAUCAUACACAACUACGGCCACGGUGGCUUCGGCCUCACUAUCCAUUGGGGGUGUGCUAUGGAAGCAGCCAAACUUUUUGGCCAAAUCGUUAAAGAAAAGCAAAAAAGAACACCUAAAUCCUCUCUGUGAUCAUGAUCAGUGUGACCAGUUACAGCAAUGCUCAUGAGAUCUGUGAUAACACCAAUGAGCUGUAUUAAUUGCUGGCCGAAAAUUGUCACUUUGUCAUUCAGGUAGCACUCCAGAUACAGAAACAUCUACUUCUGACUGGGGGGAAAGUAUUUGAUGGCAUGUGUCUCUCCUCAAUCAUAGAUGAAAAUGAAAAACAUUUGAAAGACCCACUAGUGAUCUCACAUAAUUUAGAAAAUAUCCAGCUAAAGAAUAUUUGCAUCCAGCAUGUCAUUGUGUUCACUGUAACAUCCUGUAUUCGAUUAUACUGCAGGAUCUGAUUUCUCUCCUCUUCAUAUUACGAUCCUUUGGCAAAAAAAACCAUUCUGUUGACUUGGUAACACCAUAAAACUCUGAAAUCUUCAAGUUGUUGGACACUUCAGUGACAACUCUUAACUAACAAGUAGGGAUGAGCAAAAUUCUGUUUUCAAGUUCGGCGUACAAGGUUCGGGUUAUCUAUGGAUUCCGCUACCACGGACCAUAACUUUGAAUCCAGCCAGCAAUGGAAGCAAUAUGGACAAUCACAAUACAUUAGUAAGUGCCUUGUAUUAACCUUCUCUACAUAAUAAAUGCUAUUUGCUGAAAUGAGACAACCCCUUUAAGUCAUAUAAUGCAUUUUAUGUCUUAACACAAGUAAAGCAACUAAUCAGCCAGCUAUAUUCAUCGCGGGACAUUCCUUGAGGCAGCGCCAGGACAAGAUCCGAUUCGUCUCUUUUCCUUCUGUGCAUGUUUUUGAAAUGAAGUGAGCAAACUCCAAAGAGACUUGCACCAGUUUGUCCUAAAAAUUCCUGUCUGCCUGCCGUGGCAAUCAGAGUUUAUACACAUCUUAUACUUUACAUAAGGGCAGAUGAGUGAAUGAAGUUUUCUGUAUUCCUCGACCCCUUUCACAUCCUUCAGACACUGUAUCACAGAGUCUCUAUUACUGUACUGGCUGAGCUGUUUUGUGAUUCCACGCCGCUAAUGAUGUGGUCUCUGCAUAGACAUGUACUGGGAUGGAGAAGCAAGGCUCAAGCCAAACAGGGAGAUAGAGUCCUGCAUCCUUCAGUACAAAUAUUGGUGGUGGUUAACCCUUUAACUGUCUUCUAACCAGAGACAUGGAGACAUGUCUUCUAACCAGAGACUUCACUACCCUAGAUCAUUAUCCUUUCCCUAGCCUAGACCACCAGAGAUGUUACCAUGAGCUCCUUCACAACCUAAAACCACUUGUGAUAGUAGCAUUACCCUCUUCACCACUGAAGGCUCUAGAUUUUAAACAUUAAGCCCUUCAUUAAUUAACACCACCCAGAAUAUUAGCGUAAACCCCUUUAUCACACUAGGACACAAGGAAUCAUGGGUAUUAACACUUAUAAAACAUUAAACCCUGGACCACCAUAUCAGUUGUCAUUACCUUAUAACACUCUAGACCCGUAGGUAUAUUAAAUAUUAACCCCAAUAGGAUAUCGCCAGGAUUUCAUUUAACCUGAAUACGAAUUAGUUGGGGGCUGAGGCAACUCAUUUCUGUCUUUUGGCUAGUUGCAAUUAGUUCUGUAUAAAGGUUAUACAGUACACAUUAUACGAAUGUUGGCCAAACCCGUUGACCAUCUGAUGUGUAUGGGGGUGUUGGGGAAAGCAGGAUCCAGCAUACUAGAUUUCAACAUGCCUGAUCAUUUGUUCUCAUGAGACAUAAGUCAAUGCCAGAGGUGUCUCUCGGAGGCUUAUUCUCCUCUCCAUAUUGAGGACACAUGCAUGCUCAUCAGAGUAGCGGUCGGCUGACAUCUAUCUAAGGCGUAUGGCCACCUUUAGUGUGAGCUGUUACUGCUUUAAAACGUAAAAUCUAUAUGCUUUCCAUGUUUCAAUACAGCAAUUCCUUGAAGCUUCUUUCUACGGAGAAACUGAAAUAAUUUGAAUUACUGAAGUUUUUUUAACCCUCUGCUAAAGUAACUGUAGUUGUAAGGCUCAUAUGUGUUCCUCUCCCAAAAAACUGAUAUUUUUUUCACUUGAAUAGGUGAGUCUAGCGAAAAAAUGGUCUCUGCAGAAAGUCAGACGUGUGAGUUGGCCUAUUGACUUUAAGGCUAGAUCUACAUGGCGACAUGUGUUGCGCGACAAAAAAGGUACAACUACAUUUCGACAUGUGUCACGUAACAUUUUUUGUAAUAAUAGUCAAUUGUGUCACACUGCAACGAGACGGUUGCACAAAAAUCCAACUGUCAUGGUGCGACACCAUUGACUAUCAUAAUAAAAAAUAUUGUGUGACUUUAAAAAGUCGCGCCACAAAUGUCACUGUGUAGCCCUAGUCUAAUUGGUUAGUGUUCAGUCCAUGUGCUAUCCGCUUGACAGCUGUCACGCUCGUGUGUGGGAGGAAA